CGCCGAGCCGGGUCCUGAGGGGGCUGCGGUUCGUUGUGAGACGGCGGGCGGCAGGUCGUAGCUAGGGUCUACUUGCGUCUAGCUUCAUCUCGCUCGCAGUAUGCGGCCUCCCCUACGUUUGGAAAAGAUCGACUCAUCCGGACCUGUUUUCGUUUCAGCUUCGAAGUUUAACCAAGAUGUCGGGUUAUGGCGGUAUCUAUAUUAUAGAAUAGUGUUUCGAGAGUGGAAAAGUAAAAACCGAUGACUUUAGGGCGAUUUCCGAGUGCUCCGACCCCUAAAAUCGUGUGAGUGUAGUGCGAGCCGCCGCCGCCAGUGCCACGUUCCGACCCCGCGAAAACACGUUUUUCCGUUUUUCCGCAAAGGCCCGCUUUUCCCAUUUUCAUGUCGAUUUUGCGGCGCUUCGGGCCGCUGCUUUCCACGUUGGCGGCCAGAGGUGGCACUUUCUACGGUCGAGUCGCCUGGGCAAACAAUAUGUAAUCGGGGGUGGUUUUCGCUUUUCCUCUGUGAUUUUUCAUUUUCGUUUGUUGUUUUGUUGCGGAGUCCAGCAUGGGGGGCAGUGUACGAAGCGAGUGCUCGAAACAGUCCAGUGUGUGCGCCUAUACAGUGUGUUCCUGAAGACAAAAACAAGAAAAAUCGUGCGUAAAUGUAUAUGAUAUGGAAAUACAUUCCGUGAGAAUUGAACAUGGGUCUGUACAAACACCGACAAUGUCAUAUUCGCAAAGACAACCCCAGAAUCAUAGAAGAAAAGCAUGCAGUGACCAGAUGGAUGACCAGAUUUAUGGCCACCAUCUACCGAACCACAGCCAAGCCACGACGGAUAUCUACAAGCCAUCGAGGUCGCCAUUGUCGACAGCAGCCCGUUAUCCGUACCCCGCAUCGCCGCAGCUGCCCCAAGCCCCCCCUCAACCGACGAUCAGCCAGGUGCAAGUGUCGACACAAAGAUACGCGCCAGGAGCGGCCGCCGUUUAUACGGGGGGUUAUAGGGACUACCGCCCCCAGAGGAUAUCCCUCCUCCACCCUGAAUACGCUAGCGGAAGGGCCAGGGAGACCCUGCCCGGAGGGGCGGGCGUCGUCCAUCUGGACAGCGGUGUCGCUCAAGGACAGCAGCCGAUCAAGAAGAUCAGGUUGCAGGAGCAGAAGGACAACAUCCAGCCCUUGAGGAUAGACACGAGAGAACAACCUGGAACCUACAACCCCCAAGUCGAAGCGAUCUCUCCGACCCUCCCCGACCACCUCCAGCAAGAAGAACAAACCUUCCGCACCACCAAGGACGAGCUGAUCCAGCAGAUCGGCAAAGUCGACCGCGAAAUCGCGAAAGCGGAGUCGCAGAUAGCCAUCCUCAAGAAGAAGGAGAAGGACUUGGAGGAGAUCGCGAACAAGCCGUCCGUCAAAACCGAGGUCGAAGAGGAUGCGCAGCCGAAGCACCAGAGCCUCCCGCAGAAGAUCUACGCGGAGAACAGGAAGAAGGCGCAAAGCGCCCACGCGAAGCUCGACUGGCUAGGGCCGAAGGUCGAGUGGCCGUUGUACAACCAGCCGAGCGACACGGCGGUGUACCACGAAAACAAGAGGAAGCACAUGGCGUUCAAGAAGCGCCUCCUGGAGUACUUCAAGCGCAGGCACGCGGAGAAGGACACGCGGAACGCGUAUCUGACGGAGACGUACAGCAAAUUGAUGCAGGAGUGGCUGAGGAAGGUGGACAAGAUCGAGGGCAGCACGAAGAGGAAGGCGAAGGAGGCGAAGAACAGGGAGUUCUUCGAGAAGGUGUUUCCGGAGUUGAGGAAGCAGAGGGAGGAUAAGGAGAGGUUUAACCGCGUGGGCGCCCGGGUAAAAUCCGAAGCCGACAUGGAAGAGAUAAUGGACAACCUCCAGGAGCAAGCCCUCGAGGACAAAAAAAUGCGCAGUUACGCCGUCAUCCCCCCGAUCCUCCUCGACUCGAAGGAACGCAAAGUCACGUACCAGAACGACAACGGCUUCAUCGAGGACAUGGAGAUGGUCUACAAGAGCCGACAGUUCCUCAACAUCUGGACGCCCAGUGAAAAGGAAAUCUUCAAAGAGAAGUACCUCCAACAUCCGAAGAACUUCGGAGUCAUAGCGUCGUUCAUCGAACGAAAAUCCGUUUCUGACUGUGUUCAAUAUUAUUAUCUUAGUAAAAAGACGGAGAAUUAUAAACAGUUGUUGAGGAAGUCGAGGCAAAGGACGAGGAGUUCGAGAAAUAAUACGCAGAAAGUUAACAGUAGCGCCAAUACGUCUGUGGUGGAUAUUUUGACGACAGGCGUAACGACCCGCCUGCAACGCGAGCAACAGCAACAACGAACCGUCGUCCAGCAGUCCCGCGAGGCCCCCGGCGAGACCUCGGCGUCGACGACGGCCGCCCCCACCUCCGUCCCGACGUCGACGGCGACGACGACGACCGCCCCGUCGACGGCGAGCUCGACGCCCCCGUCGACGAGUCCGUCGGCGACGGCCGCCGCGCCCUCGAGCGGCGGGGCGUCGCCUUCCAGCGCCGGCUCGAGCGCCACCACGACGGCCCCCACGACGACGACGGCGGCCGCGACGGUCAUCACGACGACCGCCGCCGGUGCGCCGGUCAUGUCGACGGCGGCGGCGGCGGCAGCGUCGACGGCGUCGGCGGCGCAGCCGGCGUCGCCGAAGCCGGCCGACAACGCGAAUGCCAGCGUCACCGACACGAAGACGGGAUUCAGCGACCUGAACUCGUUCGAGGACUACAGGAGUCAAGGCGGGAAGUUUUUUGGGGACGACGCCAAGGGGGACGGUAGCGCGACGGCCGCCGACGCGGCCCACGACGGCGUCGUCGUUACGGUGAAGAAGGAGAGUGAGCCGUCGGGACAGGAGGUCGCGAGCGACCAAAACAUGACAUCUUCCACAACGCCGGCCGCCAUCACCGAAAGCAAGAAGAAGAAAGAACGGAGGAAAGACAAGGAGAACGCGAACGUGGAAACGAGCGACGAGGAGGCCACAGAUAUGCCAGACAAAUCCAUCCAAGGCACGUGCAUCGUCUGCGCCGCCCAGCUCGGCCCCCAUCUGCAGUCGCGCCCCCUCGUGCCCAGCCAGGCGUCCCAGUACGGCCUCCGCGAGGAGCAAGUGCCGGCGAACGGGCGCGUGUGCAACACCUGCAGGUGCAAGUGCGUGCGUUCGCGCUACACCCACUGCCCGCUGCCGUCGUGCCCCAACUCGCGGGGGCGCGUCAAGCGGCUGCGCUCGUUCCCGCAGCGGCUACAGGACCUGCCAGCGGAGGUGCGCGAGCCGCUCCUCGCCGAGUUCCACGUGCCGAGCGGCGUGACCAAGUGCUGCUCGGCCUGCUUCAACCGCAUCCAGCGGCGACUGGGACCCGUCGAGGAGUGGACGGAGGACGAGAUCGGCCAGCUCAAGACCUGCCUGACGGAGGUCGGCGCCAACUGGCAGGCGGUCGGCGAGCGGCUGAGCAAGCCGCCGCACCAGGUCAGGGCGUUCUACGCGGCCAACCGGAAGCGGCUCAACCUGGAGGGCUGUCUAGGUAGGUGGCGGGCGUCCGCGAGCCAGAACACACAAACUGAGCUCUUCUCCGCAGGCGACCGCAAGCCCGCCCUGACCGACGAGGAGGAGAGCGGCUCGAGCACCUCCAGCUGCGAGGAGCCGAUGCGAGAUCGACAUUCCAGCGACACGGCAAGCGCGGCCGAGAGUCCGCCCGUGAUCCAGAACCAGAGCCAGAACCCGAUCAAGAAGGAGGACUACGACUCGUCGGCCACGGAGACGGCCGACGAGGCGCAGACGCCGGACCACUUCCAGGGCUCGGCGACGAUCACGCCGGUCACGAACGACGGCCAGAUGAGGCAAAACCAGUCGCCGCUGAGCGUCAAGGACCUGGUGCUGAACGUGAUCGAGCUGCAGCUGAUGAAGAACCCCGGCGGGCAGGUGCAGAAUCCGCCCACGAGCGGCAUGGCGCCCACCAUCUCGUCGAUACUGAACAACGACUCGAACGAAGUCACGAUAGUGAGCGAGUACAGCCUGAACCCGCAGAGGCCGGCGCGGAGCGACCUCUCGCUGGCCAAGCUGGUGACGCCGCUGAUAGGCGCCACGAUCACGCCGGUGCCGGCCGCGACGCACCAGCAGCAGCAGCAACAACAACAGCAGCAGGAGCAAAUGAACUCGAGAAACGAUCUCGUCGUCCUCUCCGUACAGGACUCCCGCGAGCCCGAGACCCUCGACCUCAGCAUCAAGAAACCGCGCGAGCCCCCGCCCCUUGCCCACAAGCAACACCCCCCUCAGCAAAUCCACCGCGAGUACCUCCCCUACCACCAAGAGCGCAAAAGUCCCUUCCCCAUCCGAUCCCAGCCCAAACUCCCCAGCCCCAAACCCGCCAACCCCAAAUCCGGCUCCAUCACCCUCGGCACCCCCAUCAUCAACCAGCAGCCGCGCUACGAGGGCCUCCUUCGCCAGAUGACGCCCGAGACGAAGAUGGGCUCCAUCACACAAGGCACCCCCAUCCACAUGCCCCACAUGCAGGAAAAACGCGUCUACGACUACUUCAACAAGCGCGGCGUCCCCCAGAAUUCGCCGCAGCCUGGAGCGUACCCUCAAUACAGGCAACAGAGUUUCACCGUGGAACAGCAGCUUAGUUCAAGGCAGAUCAUCAUGAACGAUUAUAUAACGAGCCAGCAGAUGCUGGGGCGGCGGAACGAGAAAGCGGGCUACUACCCGACGAGUAGCCCGCACAGGACGCCGCCCCCGGUGAGUCAGCAGAACCAACAGCGGCAAGGGGUGAUCCAGCGACACACCAGACCCUAUCUGCCGCCAGGCCACGAGGCGUUGUCGAGUUUAGUGGACGUGGCGGUGCAGCAGCCGAGUCUCCCGGUGCCGAACGCCCCUCACGAGGGCUUGGGGAAGACGAUGGCCGACAACAUCAUGGAGCAGCCGCACCGCUUCCAGAUCAUCCAGCAGCACCAGCAGAUGAGGCAGCAGCAGCAGCGGAUGGAGGAGCAGCAGCGCAGGAUCGUGUACCAGCAGCAGCAAACGAGGCAGUCGCGCGAAAGCUCCACGUCGCUGACGGCGGCGAGUUUGAUCGACGCCAUCAUCACGCACCAGAUCAACCAGACGAGCGAAGGGGGGCGGGAGAUGGUGACGGCGGCGCGGGAGACGCGAGCUGGAGACUUGCUGUUCCAGGGCUUGCCAGCGUUGGCGCAGCAGGACAACAACGGGGAGCGACCGUCGUCGGUGAUCAGUAUAGACCUGGAGGCGGAAACUGUGAACAAGAACCUGACGGUGAAGGAGCUGACGGAUUCGGUGAUCAGUCACGACUUUGGUUCGCGGGGGCCGAAUUAUUAUCACGUGGAUAACGUUAAUGAGCAGUGGAAGCGGCGGCUGCACCAGCAGAAGGAGGACAAGAGGGCGGUGACGCCCCAGCAGGACGAGAGGCAGAUUAUAAGGAUUGCGCAGCCGCAGAAGUACCACGUGGAGCCGGUGUCGCCCCCGGAUAAUCAUUGGAGUGCGGAGCAGAAUUUCAGGAGGUACCAGCAGCCGCAGCCGCAGCAGAAUCAGCACAUUUCGCCGUUGGACUACGUGAAGAACAGGAUAGUGGAGGUGAUGAGGACGGAGGACGACAAGAAGGACGCGCAGGAGAGCCAGGAGAAGGAGCGGAGCGACAGUCCGGGGGAGAUGGUGAUCGACGAAGAGAAGCACGAGGAGCAGCAGCAGCAACAGCAACAAGGAUUCGGUUUUCCUUAUGUUCAUAAAGAGAGCACUGCCAACGAUAGUUCAAGGAGUAACGAGCCGAAGCCGUUGCUGUCGGCGCAGUACGAACCCUUGUCCGACGAGGAUUAGUGUAACGGAGCUUUGUCUGUAUAUAUCGAUAAGUGAUAAAUAGGUUAGGCUAGUGUUAAAUGUAAUGACUCUCGGCCCGGCUCACCGGGUCGGUUAGCGUCCAUUUUAGUUUCUUUUUUAAUUCAUGAUUAUUUUAAUUGUAGAUAACAGUUUUACUUUACUGUAAAUACAACUGUAAACAUUAAGGUUAAGUGUAAGCUAGGGAAUAGUUCGAUCUAUUGCAUAACCUCAAAAUUUGAUAUUUAUGUGAGUCGAGAUACGACGGUAUGCGAUGUCCAGUUUUUUGCAUUUCCAACUAACUUCAUUUCAGUGUUUGUGUUUCUUUGCUGUUCGUGCAAUGGAUGUGUUUCGUUCAAUCAGUUCGGGUUUGUCGCUUAUUUACCUUCUUUUCAUAAGUGUAUUUUCUGUAUAUUUUUUGGAAAUGUAAAUAAACCCAAAUUUAAUAUAAAUAUAACAUAGCGCGUAAGGGAUUAAACAAAGUUGUAAAUACUUGUGAAUUUUCUCCUUUUUUAAUCUUCUGUUUUUACGAAGUAAUUUAAGUCUUUAACGCUUUCACGUCCGGACGAGACGAACUGAUGAUUUUUCUACACACUAUGAGAGGACAAAAAAAUGCUUCCAAAAUAUGUGUACACUGUCGAUUUUUUAGUUUGUAUUUUCAAAUAGUAAUUUGUUAUUUUGUUGAAAUAAAUUAAAUAUCAGUUUGA